AUGCACCAGCCGCUCACUCAACAACAAUCCUUCACCUCAACUUCAUUCCAACAUGCUCCAGCGGGCCAAAGUGCAUUUUCACAAUACACUGCACCGUCUAGUGCUUUCAGUGGGAAGUUGAUAUCUGCUGCACCAGCACAACAACAAACUUUCACAACAUUCCAAAAUGCACCGACAAGUCAACAGGGCGCCUACAGUGCUGCUGCUUAUACAGCACCAAAAUCUUCUUUUACUUCUUAUGCAGCUCCUGCUAAUUUCAAAUCCUAUGCUGCACCAGAAACAUCUGCAGCACCUGAAAGUGCCGCAUUUGCUGCAGAUCCUGCCAGUUAUAGGUAUACAUCGUCUGAAAAGUCUUACUCCGCACCAUUUGCUGCAAAAUCAUAUAUAGCACCCGCUCCUUCUGCUGAUUAUAAGUCUUAUGGCGCUCCCGCUACAGCUGGUUUCGCAAAUUAUAAAACUUAUUCUGCACCAAAUGCUGGCCAAGUUUAUGCACCUUCUGCACCCUUUACUGCUGCACCGGCAUUUGCCAAUUUCCACGAUCAUCCCGGACCGAUUUCAACGCAAACGUUUAUCACACCUGCCAAUGCUGCUGCUUUUGGAAAUUAUAAAAAUUAUGCUGAUGCUCCUGCAUACACUAAGUCCUAUUUCGCUCCGGGUUCAAGUGCCAACUAUAAAACAUAUUCCGGUCCAGCUGCGACUCAAUCACUUGCACAACCUGCUUUCGCUAACUUUAAAGCGUAUACACCUUUUGCUAACCAACAACAACAGCAGCAAACGUAUGCCGCUCCUGCCGCUUACACAGCACCUGGUUUUACUAAUACUGCUUCCAACUACAAAACUUAUGCUGCGCCUGCCUUUACUGAAACUUUCGCGGCUCCGACUUCCGGUAAAUAUACAGCUACAUCCAGUCAACAUUAUACGGCCCCAGGUACUGGAUUUACAGGUUAUUCUGCACCAGCUACCUAUACUGCUCAAUCUGGUAAAUAUACCGCUCCAGGAGUUUCACGCACUUAUGGCACUUCUGAAGUAGAAACUUUCGCACCUGUUGUACAGAAAACUAGCUUCUCUUCAGCCCCAGCUGCAGCUGCAUAUACUGCUCCUAGCGGCGCUUAUACUUCCGGUAUUGAUACAAAAUAUGCUGCUAAUGGUGGUUAUGUCUAUUAA